CUGUCAUUCUUGAUUCUAGCAAUCUAGCUGCACGUCAAAAUUUUGAAAAUCACGCAAAUGCAUAUGAUCCAACAACAAGGUUUCUAAUUGAAUUUUAAGCACUAUUUUGUAAUUUAUUUUCAACUAAAAUGAAACCAGCAGCAGAUAAGCAAAAAGUAGAUCUUGGUCUUCUGGAGGAAGAUGACGAAUUCGAAGAAUUCCCCACGGAACAUUGGGGAACCGAAGACGCUGAUGAUGCGGAUGUGUCCGUGUGGGAAGAUAAUUGGGAGGACGAUAUUGUGCAGGACGAUUUCAGUCAGCAGCUAAAGCAACAGCUGGAGAAGCUGCGACAACAGGAGCAGCAGCGUCAACAGAAUAAGGGCUAGAUGUUAAUGUAAUUUGUGUUACAUGGUUAAGUUCAUAACAUUAUCCAUCAUAAUACCAUCAGAAAAUCCUAUUAUAACCUAUUUUGUCUUCUAAUGCAUACAGUUUAAGAUCUCACUCGCCAUUUCAACUUUUCUCAACUGUCAUGUCAAAAAAAACGAUUUUAGUACUUAUUUUGAAGUUGAACUUUACUUUUUACAUGACAGUUGACACAAAGUUAAAAUGAUGAGUGGGUUCCCAUUUUGUAUGGACUAUAUCAAACAUAGUUCCUGUUAUUGAAGGCAGUAAUCUCUUUUUUUUUUUUAAUCAAUAUAAUAUUUUAGGUGAAGCAGUUCUGGUGGUUUUCAUUAUUGUUCAUCAAAACUUUUCCAUUAAAUUGUACUUUACCUUAAUAAAAAAUAUUUAAAAAGUAA